AAGUGAACUUCCCUCUGAUAUGGCAAAUGGGAUUGCUGCAACUUUUGCUAAAUUACCCCAGAAAGUCAUCUGGAGAUAUAAAGGUGACAGACCAGCCACUCUGGGCAACAACACUUUAAUAGUAGACUGGAUGCCUCAGAAUGACCUUUUAGGACAUCCCAAGAUAAAACUGUUUGUGGCUCACGGAGGAACAAAUGGUGUUCAAGAGGCUAUUUAUCACGGAGUACCAGUUGUGGGUCUGCCCCUGUUUUUCGACCAAUUUGACAACCUGCUGCGUCUAAAGGAGAGAGGCACGGCUAAACUUCUUACCAUUCAAACAGUGGACAAAGACAACAACUUGCAGGAUGCCAUCCAGGAAGUCCUGAAUGAGCCCUCCUACAGGUUGAACAUGCAGAGACUCUCCAGCCUGCACAGAGAUCAGCCAAUGAAGCCGCUGGACACCGCCCUCUUCUGGAUAGAGUUUGUCAUGAGACACAAAGGUGCAGCUCACCUGAGAACAGAGUCCUACAGACUGCCCUGGUAUUCCUAUCACUCUGUAGAUGUGAUUUUGUUCCUGGCUGGAGCUGUGCUGCUCGUACUGUUCACUUUUGUGUUUUUCAUCAGGUGUUUGUGCACUAAAAUGUGUAGAUCCAAAAUUAAACGUGAUUAAGCAUUCAAUGGAUAUACAUUGUGCACACUGAAUAUUUUUUUUUUAUCAACUUGAAGAGUAGACUGAAGAAAAUAAUGAUUAACACUCAGUGCAGUAAGUGUAAUAACUCAGGUACAUUUAGGUUGUCCUUUCAAAGUAUAGCAAUCAUAUAAAAGACUGAAUUGGAUCAAAGCAUAAGCAUAUCAAUAUUGACACUUUAUAAAUGAUAUUUAAUUGAAUUUAUAUUUUGUAAAUGUCCCCUCUGUGUGCGA